UUCCACGUUACCUUCUGAUUCUUCUUCUUCGUCUUCUCGGUCUUCUUCUCCCAGUAGUCAAAGAAAAAGCUCGGCUUUUCCUUCCAGCUUUCUAGAAAUCCUGCUCUUCUGCGAAGUAGGGGAAUGUUCUCGUUCAGAAUAUUUGUCAAUGAUGAUAUUUCUCUCACUGCUUCAUCGUCGGGGAAAAAAAUUGACAAAAAAAUUGAUAUCGACGAUAAAAACGCGCGGCUUUUCCUUCCCGCGUUUCGCUGAUCCCUUAUUCCCGAAGCUUCUUUUGUUUUUAUUAGGGGUUUUACAGCACCUAUAAAGCCGCCUAAUAAAUCUCAAGUUAAAUGCCGAAAGAUUUCAGAGGCAGCGGUGAUUGAUUUCCAUUCGGUUGGAGUGGAUACGAUUGAUUUAUGUGGAUAAGCUGGUGCAGAUUUGGGAGCUCGAUUUUAAGGAAUGGAAGGUUCUCAUGGAGGUUCGAGUUCUCCAGCUCCUUUUCUCACCAAGACUUAUGACAUGUUGGAUGAUCCAUCUACGAAUUCCAUCGUUUCAUGGAGCACAUCAGGUUGCAGCUUCAUCGUUUGGAAUCCUUUGGAUUUUGCUAGGGAUUUGCUCCCCACAUACUUUAAGCACAAUAACUUCUCCAGUUUCAUUCGGCAGCUGAACACCUAUGGCUUCAGAAAAAUAGAUCCCGAACGAUGGGAAUUUGCAAAUGACGAAUUUAUAAGAGGGCAAAAACAUCUCUUAAAAAAUAUUCACAGACGCAAGCCGGUACAUAGCCAUUCAACACCUCCCCUGGGAACCAAUUUUUCCAUGCCACUAGCAGAAUCAGAAAGACAGGAUCUUAAGGAUGAGAUUGGGAGGCUGGAGCAUGAUAAAAGCACUCUAAUUAUAGAGCUUCAGAAGCACACACAGAAUCAGCAGGGCAUGGAUCUACAGAUGAAGGAUUUAGAGGAAAGAUUGCAAGUCAUGGCGUUUCGACAAAGAAAUCUCGUCUCUUUCCUGGACCAAGUUAUACAGAGGCCUGGGUUUCUCUCUACUCUCAUCCAGCAAUCUGAUAUCCACACCAAGAAGAGAAGAUUGCCCAAGCAUGAUUAUUUAAUGGAUGAAAAGAAUAAUUCUUUCCUUGGUUUGACCAGGGAGAGGCUUGAUGGUUCAUUCACCUCUUUAUUGGACAUUGAACCAUUUGAAAAGAUGGAAUCUUCCUUAAAUUCCUUAGAAACUUUCUUUCAAGAAGUAGGACAGGCUUCGGGUGAAGAUGCGUUCUUCGAGGAGCGACCGCCUUGCUUAACUUCUGCUGUUGCUGCUACAGAUAUGCAUGCUUCUUCAGGAGAAACUGAUAUUGAUAGGCAUUCAGGUCCAUCUUCAAGUUGUCCUGAAGACAUCAAUUUAUAUCCAGAUUCUCCUAGUCAAGCACAAAGCCCAAUCAUUCCUGUAGUAGAUUUUCCUUCACUUCAAACUGGUAUGAAGGGCAAGGUGUCUGAUAUCGAUAUGAACGCCGAGCCUGCAGCUCAUUCAAGAGAUCAAGGGAUUGAGAUUCCGGCUACUACAAUGGCUUCAGGAGUUAAUGAUACAUUCUGGGAGCAGUUCCUUACUGAGAAUCCUUGUUACUCUGAUGCACAGGAAUCCCAAUCAGAAAAAAGUGAUGUAGAUGAUGGUAGAAGAGCUGAGGAAACCAUGAAAGAGCAAGGAAGUUCAUGGUGGAAUAGGAAGAGUGUUGAUAAUUUAACAGAAAGAAUGGGGAAUCUUUCCUCAACUGAGAGAACUGAUAGCUGAGUUAUGCUGUUUUGCUGUGAAAUAUGUUCAUUAUAAGAUAGGAAAGUGUAGUUGCUCUUUUUUGAUGUUUUUGCUUGCAAAUUUUGGUGGUCGACAGAUCUGUAUUUGUAUGUUAACUUACAGUAGAAUGUCAUUUUAGCCUUUUUACUAA